CAUGGGGCGGGGCGUUUCCUCUCUGGAGGUCCGCCAUGGCCACGGUUACCGGCUGCACACCCCACGGCGGGUGCUCCCGAAUGCAGAGACCGCAUCUCAGCAAGAUGGAGCGGGUUGUCGUGAGUAUGCAGGACCCUGACCAGGGUGUGAAGAUGCGGAGCCAGCGCCUUCUGAUCACCGUCAUUCCCCACGCUGUAGCGGGUGAGGCUCGUGGACACCCUGGGGAAGCAGGGCGCUGCGGUCUCCGCCCACUUGGCUUCUCCUGUGCAGGCAGAGACAUCGUGGAAUGGCUGGUUCAGAAGUUCUGCAUCUCGGAGGAGGAAGCCCUGCACCUGGGCACACUCCUGGCGCAGCACGGCUACAUCUACCCACUGCGUGAGUCCCGAGAUCUGACGCUCAGGCCGGACGAGACACCCUACAGGUUCCAGACACCCUACUUUUGGACAAGUACUCUGUGGCCAGCUGCUGAGCUGGAUUAUGCCAUCUACCUGGCUAAGAAGAACAUCCAAAAACAAGGGGCGUUAGUGGACUACGAGAAGGAACAUUAUGCCCUGCUGCACAAGAAGAUUAACCAUACAUGGGAUCUAGUAUUGAUGCAGGCUCGAGAGCAGCUGCGACCUAGAGCUCGGAUUUCUAUAAGUGUGAGGUACCUGAAGUUCAGCAGCCAGCACGGGCCGCACGAUCCCAUCAUGUCUGGGUGCCUGCCCAGCAAUCCCUGGAUCACAGAUGAUGUCACCUAUUGGGCCAUGAAUGCCCCCAACGUGGCUGCCCCCACAAAGCUCCGUGUUGAGAGAUGGAGCUUCAGCUUCCGGGAGCUCCUGGAUGACCCUGUGGGGCGCACCCACUUCAUGGACUUUCUCCAGAAGGAAUUCAGCGCGGAAAACCUCAGCUUCUGGGAGGCAUGUGAGGAGCUGCGCUUUGGUGGACAGGCCCAGGUCCCUACCUUGGUGGACUCUGUGUAUCAGCAGUUCCUGGCCCCUGGAGCUGCCCGCUGGAUCAACAUUGACAGCAGGACAAUGGAGUGGACCCUGGAGGGGCUGCGCCAGCCACACCGCUAUGUCCUGGAUGCAGCACAGCUGCACAUCUACAUGCUCAUGAAGAAGGACUCCUAUCCAAGGUUCCUGAAGUCUGACAUAUACAAGAGCCUGCUGGAGGAAGCUGUGAUUCCCCUGGAGACAAAGUGCUGGCCAUUUCCAUUCUUGCGGAAGCCUCUGCACUCCAGCCCCAGACCUGCUCUCCAGGCCACCCCUGGGGAGCCUGCAGCGACCAGCUCCCCUGCCAGUGCUGCCACGGAUGGGGAGGAGUAGGUGGCUCUUGCUGCACACCUCACCUUACCAUCAUCUGCCUGACACCCCGUAGGGUCGUGAUCACCUGACAGAGAUACCCUCAGCACUGGUGUCUGUGUAGAGGGCCCAGCCUUGCUAUGAGGCCCUUUAGCUUCCACUAAGUAAGCCCUCCCCUGCCUACAAGAGACUGUCCCAGCUGAUUCCUAGAGCAAGAUUUCAUUGGCUGAUCCUUGCCAGGACAGAACUUGUUCUAAAAGAAAGGUAAAAUCAAGUUCCUCGGAAUUCCUGAUAUUCCGUAGUCUUCAGUUCAGGGCUAGGAGGCCAUCUCGACUGUAGAAUGUCAAGUCAGUGGCACAUGAGGUAUCAGUCUCUGGCCAUGCCACCCCAUUCAGGAAGGCUAAACCCAGUGACUUCUUAGGAGACGCCAUCGGCAGGUACCAUUUCACUGCUGUACAUGGCGUCUCUUCCACCUCUCAUCUGAUCAGAUCUAUAGGAAGGCAACUUCACACUGUUGUCCUCGCUGAAGGGUUCCCGGAUCUCUUAGGGCAAGUCUUUGUCAAGCUGGCAGCCUUGGCAUCCAGUCUUCCUGUCCACCCCUACCCCAGAGGUAGAAAUAGAGAUGGUGCCUCCUGCCAUGUAGCUCCCAACAGGCUUCUCUAUCUCCCUUCACAACCCAUUUCUACAGAAAUAAAGCUUUCAGGCCCUUGUAUAGUC